CCCACCGUCGACCGCGACCCAUGUCGCCCGCUCCGCCGCGCCCCACCGGUCUCGGCGCCGCACGCACGUGGCCACCGCAGAGCUCAGCUCAGCACGCUCUCCAAAUCCCAUGCCCCCUUCCACACCCAAUACCUUGCCUGGAAUCCGCGGCCAGGAGAGAGGCGAGGUCGCCCUCCCACGCCACGCAACGCAACGCCGGGCGCCACCCGCCACCGCUUCCGUGCUCCCGUAGGCCGCGCACGCAUACGAUUCUUGCUCCAUUUGGCCGGCCUCCUCCUCCUCCGUCUCCGCGUCUUAACUACCGGCUUCACUCUCUCUCUCUCUCUCUCGCUCUCACUCUGUCUCUCUCUGCUCCUCUCUCCCUCUCCCCCGUCUCGCUUUCCGCUCCCUGACUGACACAACAAAAUCCAAAGGUAGAUCCGAGCAAGAAUCCAUGGAAGCCGAGUCGAGAAAGCUCCUGCUCCUCGCGCCCAUCCUGCUCUGCUGCUUCAUGGCCAGAUCGGAGGCGCAGUCGCAGCACAUCGGCGUCAACUACGGCGAGGUGGCGGACAACCUGCCGCCGCCGGACGCGACGGCGCGGCUGCUCAAGUCCACCGCCAUCACCAAGCUCCGCCUCUACGGCGUCGACGCGGGCGUCAUCCGCGCGCUGGCCGGCACCGGCGUCUCCCUCGUGCUCGGCGUGGCCAACGGCGACAUCCCCGCCAUCGCCGCCGACCCCAACGCCGCCGCCGGCUGGCUCGCCGCCAACGUGCUGCCCUUCCUCCCGGCCUCGGCCAUCUCCGUCGUCGCCGUCGGCAACGAGGUGCUCGAGUCCGGCGACGCCGCGCUCGCCGCCGCGCUGCUCCCCGCCAUGCAGAACCUCCGCGCCGCCGCCGUCGCGGCCGGCGACGCGGCCGCCGCGGGCAUCAAGUUCUCCACCGUCAACACCAUGGCCGUGCUCGCGCAGUCCGACCCGCCCUCCACCGGCGCCUUCCGCCCGGACGCCGCCGCCCAGCUGCAGGGGAUCCUGGGAUUCCUCAGCCGCACCGGCGCGCCAUUCAUGGUCAACCCCUACCCCUACUUCGCGUACCAGUCCGACCCCAGGCCCGACACGCUCGCCUUCUGCCUCUUCCACCCCAACGCCGGGCGCCUCGACGCAGGCUCCAGGAUCACCUACGCCAACAUGUUCGACGCGCAGGUCGACGCCGUCAAGUCCGCGCUCGGCCGCGCCGGCUACGGCGCCGUCGACAUCGUGGUCGCUGAGACCGGGUGGCCCACCAGGGGCGACCCCACGGAGCAAGGCGCCACCGUCGACAACGCCAGGGCCUACGUGUCCAACCUCGUCGCGCACCUCCGGUCCGGCGCCGGCACCCCGCUCAUGCCUGGGAGGCCCGUGGACACGUACCUCUUCGCGCUCUACGACGAGGACCUCAAGCCCGGGCCGGCCUCCGAGCGCUCCUUCGGCCUCUACCACACCGACCUCACCAUGGCAUACGACGCCGGCCUGACCUCCGACGCGGCCACGACCACGCCGACGCCAACGACGCCAACUAGUCCGAGCAAGGGGUCAGGGGGAUGGUGCGUGGCGAGCGCGGGCGCGACGGACGCGCAGCUGCAGACGGACCUGGACUACGCGUGCUCCCAGGUGGGCGUGGACUGCGGCGCCAUCCAGCCCGGGGGCGCCUGCUUCCAGCCCAACACGGUGCGCGCCCACGCCGCCUACGCCAUGAACCAGCUCUACCAGGCCGCCGGCGGCCACCCCUGGAACUGCGACUUCCGGCAGUCCGCCACACUCACCUCCACCAACCCAAGCUACGGCUCGUGUGUGUUUACGGGAGGCCAAUGAUGCAUGCAACGGGAGUAAGAGUAUGCACCAGACCACGGCGCGCAAAGUUCCGGCGGCCGGCCGGCGCGGUGGGCGCCAUGAUUGAUUGGAUUUGUCUCGAAUCAUCAUCGAAUAAAGCCACCACGGAAUAGUGGUGGUGGUUAGGUUGUGCGUGGGGAUACAUUGCUGCAUACGCAUCCCCCCUGUUUCAUUUCAUUCCAUUCCAUUCCAUUCAUGCUAGCAGCUGAGCAGAGCAUAGCAGCAGAGUAGAUCAUCACGUUCACGUCCAGUCUUUUUCUACUUGUUUUUUACUAGCCGAGCUGCCUUAGUUGUGUACAGUACAUGUACAUGGGCAGUGUAUGUAUGUGUAAUUAGCGUUGUGUGCUUCGUGUGUGUGUCUGUGUUUGUACUGUACGUCCGUAACUUGGACUAGUAGAGCACGGCUGAAUGUACUAUUAUUUGUUCAUCAUUCAUGUAUACGCAUUGAGCGGUUGGAUCU